AUGAGCUUCCUUGGUCUCCGCAAGUGGCCCACUCCCGCACGUCUUCUCCUCCACGUUCUCAAGCCUAUGUGGCCCUUCAUUGCCGCCAGUGUGGUGACUGCCUUCGGUGUCAGCACUCUCCAGGACAUGGCCGUUCGGGCCGAGCCGCACCGCAGCGACCCGCGCAACCCGUACGCGUCGGCCAUCGCUAAGGAGUCGCACCACUAG